AUGUCCCGGCAUCACUUCUGCUCUGCGGUGCCGCUCCUCCUCGUUGUGGUGAUGAUGUGCUGCAACACUUGUGGUCCCGCAGCCGCUGAGGACAGCAAUUCAGGUGAUGUGCGGCUGCCGCAACGGGUCGGUGUCUUUUUGCCGCAGAAGACGUCGGUGCUGCCGAAAGAGGGGGCGGGGCCGGGCGAUGUGAGGGAUGCAUUUGUCUCACCCUCUAUUGUCAGUGCUGGAGGAGUGAUUGUUGCUCUUGCUGAGGGCCGGAAGUGGCAUAGUGCUCCGCAGCAUCCAGCCGCCAAAACCCUUGCGAUUGAUAUUGUUGCGGGGUACCUCAACGCUACGGAGCCGUGGUCGUCCAUGGUCGCCUAUAUCACCUCCAGUAAGUGGAAUGCACACACCGUCUUUGACAGAGAAACCCCAAAGGACGGGUUGGGCAUGGCGAUUCUACCCACGUCACUUUCCAAGGGCAAUGAGCUGUUCCUUCUUGUGGGAAGCUCUUACUUUGUUUUUGAUCCUACCACGCAGCAUUGGAUUGAGGGUGGAGGGGACAUCCAUUUGGUUAAGGGUGAGGU